AUGCAGAGGCCUCCGCAAGAGGAUUUCUCCCUCAAGGAGACCAAACCCCACCUUGGUGGCGGCAAGAUCACCGGAGAUAAGCUCACGAGCACAUAUGACCUCGUGGAGCAGAUGCAGUAUCUCUACGUCCGUGUUGUGAAGGCCAAGGACCUGCCCGGGAAAGACGUAACGGGCAGUUGCGACCCGUACGUCGAGGUCCGUCUCGGUAACUACAAGGGCACAACCCGUCAUUUCGAAAAAAGGUCAAACCCCGAGUGGAACCAAGUCUUUGCUUUCUCAAAAGACCGUCUCCAGUCCUCGAUCCUUGAGGUCAACGUCAAGGACAAGGACUUCGUGAAGGAUGACUUCAUUGGUCGAGUCCUAUUCGACCUAAACGAGAUCCCGAAGCGGGUCCCACCAGACAGCCCCCUGGCCCCACAAUGGUACCGAUUGGAGGACAGAAAAAACGAAAAGGCCAAAGGGGAGCUCAUGCUUGCGGUCUGGAUAGGGACUCAGGCUGACGAGGCAUUCCCGGAGGCUUGGCACUCGGAUGCCGCUACCGUUAGCGGGGCUGACGGGCUCGCCAACAUCCGGUCAAAGGUGUACCUCUCGCCUAAACUCUGGUACCUACGAGUGAACGUGAUCGAGGCUCAAGACUUGAUUCCAAGCGAUAAAACCCGCUUCCCCGAGGUUUUCGUGAAGGCUAUUUUAGGGAAUCAGGCUCUGAGGACACGUGUCGCAAUGAACAAGAGUAUUAAUCCCAUGUGGAACGAAGACUUGAUGUUUGUGGCGGCCGAGCCAUUCGAGGAGGCGUUGAUUCUGAGCGUGGAGGACCGUGUGGCCCCUAACAAAGACGAGGUCCUCGGGAGGUGUGCCAUUCCUUUGCAGUACGUUGACAGGAGGCUCGACCACAAGCCCAUCAACACAAGGUGGUACAAUCUCGAGAAGCACGUCAUGGUCGAGGGCGAGAAGAAGAAGGAAAUCAAGUUCGCGAGCAAGAUCCACAUGAGAAUAUGCCUCGAAGGUGGGUACCACGUGCUGGACGAGUCAACCCAUUACAGCAGCGAUCUCCGCCCCACAGCCAAACAGCUCUGGAAAUCGAGCAUCGGCGUUUUGGAGUUGGGUAUUCUGAACGCUCAGGGGCUCUCCCCCAUGAAAACGAAGGAUGGGCGGGCUACGACCGAUGCCUACUGUGUCGCCAAGUACGGGCAGAAGUGGGUCCGGACGAGGACCAUUAUUGACAGCUUCUCGCCCAAAUGGAACGAGCAGUACACGUGGGAGGUUUUUGACCCGUGCACUGUUGUCACGAUCGGCGUUUUCGACAACUGUCACUUGCAAGGCGGCGGGGACAAGUCGGGACGGGACUCGAGGAUUGGGAAAGUCCGGAUUCGACUCUCGACUCUCGAAACCGACCGCGUGUACACCCACUCGUACCCGCUCCUUGUUUUACACCCGUCUGGCGUGAAGAAAAUGGGUGAGAUCCACCUAGCAGUGAGAUUCACCUGCUCAUCCUUAGUGAACAUGAUGCACAUGUACUCUCAACCAUUGCUCCCGAAGAUGCACUACAUACAUCCACUGACCGUGAGCCAGCUCGACAGCCUCAGGCACCAGGCGACCCAGAUUGUCUCGAUCCGUCUGAGCCGAGCUGAGCCACCCCUUAGAAAAGAAGUUGUCGAGUACAUGCUCGACGUAGGGUCCCACAUGUGGAGCAUGAGGCGGAGCAAGGCGAAUUUUUUCCGCAUCAUGGGUGUUUUAGGCGGGUUGAUUGCUGUCGGGAAGUGGUUCGACCAGAUUUGCAACUGGAAGAACCCGAUUACGACCGUCUUAAUCCACAUUCUCUUCUUGAUACUCGUCAUGUACCCGGAGCUGAUCUUACCGACCGUUUUCCUUUACCUCUUCUUGAUCGGCGUUUGGUACUACAGGUGGCGGCCGAGGCACCCGCCUCACAUGGAUACCCGUCUCUCAUGCGCGGAUAAUGCCCACCCGGACGAGCUGGACGAGGAGUUCGACACUUUCCCAACUUCUCGUCAGGCGGAUAUAGUGAGGAUGAGGUACGAUCGGCUGAGGAGUAUAGCAGGUCGGAUUCAGACAGUGGUGGGUGACCUGGCGACCCAAGGGGAGAGGCUGCAGUCGCUGCUGAGCUGGAGGGACCCUCGUGCAACUGCUCUUUUUGUGAUAUUCUGUCUGAUUGCAGCUAUUGUGCUCUACGUUACGCCUUUCCAGGUGGUGGCGCUUUUGACGGGUUUCUACGUGCUGAGGCACCCGAGGUUCAGGUACAAGUUGCCAUCUGUGCCGCUCAAUUUCUUCCGGAGGCUUCCCGCAAGGACCGACUGCAUGUUGUGA